CGCUCGACCGAUCGCCGCUCCGUUACCCAUCUUCCGUCCCUGCAACGGCUCCUGAUCCGGAUCGAACUUUAGCUCUCACCCGCCCCCCCAACACUCUCGCCUUUAACAAGAUGGCCGAGCCCACCCACAACGACGAUUCUACCGGAGGGCAAGACUCGAGCCGUUCCAAGACCUCGUCGGUCAUUCGGAGGCUGUCGCAGGGUUUCGGGCACUCCCAGCCACACCAAGGGCUCGCAGCCGUCGCUGGCGAUGUCGCCUCCUCGGUGUUCUCCGGGCGGACACAGCUGGACGAGCAAGUAUUGGCACCUCUGACGGGACGAAAAGAUGCAACAUCACAGAUUGCGGAACGCACCGCGAAGCGAGCGGGCAGCCCUGAAGAUUCCCGACCAUCAGACGUGGGUGACACCCCUGUGACUGCCUCUGAACAAGCGACCCUCACGGGGCAGACCCCUCGGGCAUUGGAAUGCACCGAACCAUUCGAGAACGGCUAUCACUUUCCGCCAAAAUACAGCUGGGCAGAGACAAUACGGCACGGGCUGAAAGCCUUUUGGAACUUCUUCCUGACACCAAUGGGUUUCUUCUGGACCGUCUACGGACUCAACGUCGUGGCAUGGGGCGGCAUGCUCUUCCUGCUCCUCUGCAACGCCUCACCGGCCAUGUGCUACCCCACCUGCGACGACAUCAACUCUCCGCGGCGGAAGUGGAUCGAAUGGGAUUCCCAGAUCCUUACGGGUCUCUUCUGCGUCACGGCGUUUGGCCUCGCGCCCUGGAGGUUUCGCGACCUGUACUAUCUGCUCCAGUACCGCGUCUCGAAGAAUUACGACGGGCUGCGGCGGCUCGCUGGUAUCCAUAACGGCUGGUUCCGGCUACGGGGCACGGAGGAGCUCGCGCCGGACGUUGGGCCCGGCAAUAUCCCUGAUGGCCUUCCCAGCAGCUUCGUGCCGAUUCCAGAGAAGAACAUGCCGAAGGCCCCAUUGACCGGGACGCGAGCGCCGGCGACCGCAGUGUGGAAGCUGGACCUUGUGAUUUGGUCGAUGGUCUGGAAUACGUUUGCCCAGUGCGCGCUCUGCGGGAUCAUGUGGGGCAUGAACAGAUACGACCGGCCGAGCUGGGCGACGGGCUUCCUGGUAGCCAUCGCCUGCAUCAUCGCCAUGGUGGGCGGGCUGGUCAUGUUCUUGGAGGGCAAGAAGGUUAAGAGCAUCGAGGGCGUGCCUCUCACCGAGCGGGAUCUUGAGAAGCUGGCGCGCGACAAGGAGCUUGGCAUUCCACACUACAACAACAUCAAGGACAAGAAGCCGAAGGAUCGGGGCCGGGCCGACAUUGGGAAAUAGGGCGUGGGAGGUGCAUCACCUGGGACUAUUUCCAAUAGACGGGCGAACGGAGUUGGGGCUUGCAUUGGUCUGCUUGUGUUGAUCUCGAGUUGCGAGAACAGGAUACCCGUUUACAAG